UGUGUUACAUGUUAGUCAAAAUUUAAGUGUGAAAUUUGUGAAGGAUUUAAAUUUCUGUUUGAGAUGAGUUGUUCAGAUAAACGGCGCUCGUUGCUGUACAAGCUGAAGACGCUCGUCGAUCAGAUUGACGAUAGAUGUUGCGCACCUUGCGGGCCGUGUGGCCCUUGCAAUCCGUGUGGCCCAUGCAAUCCUUGUGGGCCUUGUGGUCCAUGCGGGCCAUGUAAUCCGUGCGGAUCAGGUGGACCUUGCCAACCGUGCGGUCCCUGCGGUCCCUGUGGACCUUGUGGACCAUGUGGACAGUGUCCACCACCACCUCAAUGUCAGCCGUGUGGCCCUUGUGGACCCUGUGGGCCGUGCGGUCCUUGUGGACCUUGCGGUCCCUGCGGACCUUGCCCAUCAAAUGGGCCGCCCCAAUGCUGUUCUCCAUGCACCGGACCUAUUCCACUGCCACCAUCUAUGAAUUCAAACCCUUGCGGUGGGUGUAAUAUUGGCAGCCCUCCAGUAUGCUUACCACCGGUGUGCCCAGCGCCAUGCUGCAAUAUCUGCACACCCAGUCCUGGCGGCUGUCCAUCGCCAAUGCCUAACUGCUGUCCUGGUAGCUGCCCUCCACCAUGUCCUGCACCUGGUGGCUUCUGCCCGCCAAGUCAAUGUGGUCCACCCUGUUGUAUGCCGUGCCCGCCUUGUGGCGGAGGAAUGCCGAGCUGUGGCCCCCCAAGUUGUGGCCCACCAAGCUGCUGCCCACCACCGACGGUAUGUUGCAAACGGACCAAAUCUAGAGAGCUACGUGCGAGCAUUAUGCUCAUUGGCUGUGAUUGCAUUAAGCACAACGGCCUGCAGGACCACUGCCCACGCACAGAAUGCCGCGGCUCGCCCUGCUGCCGCACGCUGCCGGAUGCGUCAUGCUGCCCAGCGCUGGAGAACUAUAGCAAACUGUUUGCGCAAAUGGGUGGCAAGCAGCUACGCGAGCCGUCGAAUUGCUGCGGGGCAAUGCCUACAUGCCCACCGCCGCCAUGUGGUCCACCAUGUGGGCCGUGUGGACCGUGUGUACCGCCAUGCUCGCCAUGCAUGCCGCCAUGUGGACCGUGCUCACCCUGCGGUCCCCCAUGUGGGCCAUGCCCACCAUGCAGUCCACCAUGUGGGCCGUGCUCACCGUGCAUGCCACCGAAUCUUAUUUGCGGUACCGGUUGCUGCCCGAUGCCGUGCUGUCCAACCGGUCCAUGUGGUCCAUGCGGUCCAUGCGGUCCUUGUGGUCCAUGCGGUCCUUGCGGUCCAUGCUGCAUGCCUUGUCCUUGUCCAUGUUAGGCUAAAAUCAAACAUCAUACUCAUUCGUCACACAUUGGCUCAUCGUGAUAUGUUUAGAAUAAAAGAGAGUAUUUAAUUGCGUAAACAGAUAUAA